AUGUAUCAACUAAAUAAGCAUCUAAGAAGAAACGUUAAUAGUAUUUUGAAAAAAAAAGAGUUAUGGAAUAGUUACUUUUUAAAAUACUCAACAAAAAUAAGCCCAAUAGAGAUAUCAAAAAUUUUAGAAAAAAAGUUUGAAAAUUUUGAUUUUAAAACUUCAUCAAAUGAAGUUGGAUAUGUUUUAAGUGUAGGAGAUGGAAUAUGUCGUGCAUUUGGGUUGAAUAAUGUGAAAUCUUCUGAAUUAUUGGAAAUACAUAAUGAAGAAGAUAAAGGAAAUAUAACAUAUGGUAUGGCUACAAAUUUAGAAUAUGAUAAUGUUGGUAUUGUUAUAUUUGGUAAUGAUAGAAAUAUAAAAGAAGGAGAUAUAAUAAAAAGAACAAAUCGAAUUAUUGAUGUUAAUGUAGGGUAUGAAUUAUUAGGAAGAGUAGUAGAUGCAUUGGGUAAUGAAAUAGAUGGAGAAAAAAAGAUUAUAACAAAAGAAAGAAGAAAAAUAGAAAUAAAGGCACCUGGUAUAAUAGCAAGAAAGAGUGUUAAUGAAUCUAUUAUUACUGGUAUUAAGUGUAUUGAUAGUUUAGUUCCAAUAGGAAGAGGACAGAGAGAAUUAAUAAUAGGAGAUAGACAAACAGGAAAAACAGCUAUAGCUAUUGAUACUAUCAUACAUCAAAAAAAUAUAAAUGAUCAAGUAAGUGAUAAUGAAAAAGUAUAUUGUGUAUAUGUAGCUAUAGGACAAAAAAAAAGUAAUAUAGCUAAAUUGGUUAAUCUUUUAAAAAAAUAUGAUGCAUUAAAAUAUACCAUUAUUGUUAACUCAAGUGCUUCUGAUGCAUCUCCUCUUCAAUUUUUAGCUCCUUAUACUGGUUGUGCUAUGGCUGAAUUUUUUAGAGAUAAUGGUAAACAUGCUUUAAUUAUUUUUGAUGAUUUAAGUAAACAGGCAGUUGCAUAUAGACAAUUAUCUUUACUUUUAAGACGUCCUCCUGGUAGAGAGGCAUAUCCAGGAGAUAUUUUUUAUAUACAUUCAAAAUUACUUGAAAGAUCAUCCAAAUUAAAUGAUAGCUUAAAAGGAGGUAGUUUGACUGCUUUACCAAUUAUAGAAACUUUAAAUAAUGAUGUAUCUGCUUACAUUCCUACUAAUGUCAUUUCAAUUACAGAUGGACAAAUAUUUUUAGAAAGUGAAUUAUUUUAUAAAGGAAUUAUACCAGCUAUCAAUGUAGGAUUAAGUGUAUCAAGAAUUGGAAGUAGUGCUCAAUAUAAAUGCAUGAAAAAACUGGCAUCUUCUAUGAAACUAGAAUUAGCUCAAUUUAGAGAAAUAGUUGCUUUUUCACAAUUUGGUUCUGAUUUAGAUGCAUCAACUAAAAAAUUAAUUGAAAAAGGAAAAAUUCUUACUGAAAUUUUAAAACAAAAACAAUAUUCACCAGUUAGUAUUAGUUAUCAAAUAUGUUUAAUUUAUGCAGCUACAAAAGAUUAUUUAACUAAUUUGACUAUUGAUAAAGUUCAAGAUUUUGAAAAACAAUAUUUUUCUUAUUUAGAUAACAACUAUGGAGAUGUUUUAAAAAAAAUACAAGGAAAUUGUGAUUUAUCAGAAGUAGAAGAUCAAAUAAAAGAAAGUAUUCAAAAAUUUUUAGAAAUAUACAAAAGUGAAUAG